CCACCAGCACAGUUCUAGACUUUAUACACAUACGAAUGUGGAAAGAAUUGCCGGUUUUGUUUAUAGUUUAAAAAAUAAUAUUCAUUGAAAUAAUUGUAUUAUAUUAAUAUUAACUUUUCAUAUUUAAUUAAACUAAUUAUGGAUGAAAUAAAUAAUGCUCAAAUAAUUGGUAUACCUGAUGAUUUGUGUAGGCGAUCAGGAUGUGCAGCAGCAUGGGUGGGACCUACCAAAGUUGGAGUGUAUGCUUAUAAGCAUGUAAAUGUACACUCUGAAGAUAAUGUGAGUAAUUUUGCUCCAUGUAAAACAAAAGUUCACUUUUUAUCGUCAGAAGUUAUUUUGUUUACUCCAGUUUUACGAAAUCUUGUAAAUGAAAGUAAUGGAGUUUUCUUAUCACUGCAAAAACUUCAGCACUCUGAUUCUGGGGACAACAAAACUGAAUUGUUGAAACAUAGUAAAAAAUAUCGUUCUAUAUUGAGAGCAUGUGUUGAAAGUUUACAGGACCUAAGAGAAAAAUCACUUCCAGAAGAGAGAUCAUUGUAUGAAAAUUUCUUAACUAUAUUCUAUCAAAUUGAAUGUAUAUGGCAUUUAACCGAAAUAUUAUACGUUGAUGUAAUACCAGGCGAUGUAGUACUUCCUAGACUACUUGAAUGGGUGAGAUUUCAUUUUCCAUCUCGUGAACUAAGAGCAAUAAAAAUUCUGUCCGAAAAAUCCGCUAAAGCAGAUCAAGAAAACAGUAAUUACUGGGAAGUAGUAAUGGGAUGUGCAUUACAUGGCAAAUUAGAUGUUGUUAGAGAUCUACUCUCAUUGCACAGUAAAAGAGAUCAUCCAGCCUUUUUAGCUGCAGAGAAUAUUCUAAGGACAAUGACAGUAUACAAUAUUUAUGGUGGUUAUUCUGUUAGUGAAUUUUCCAUUCGUUGGAAAAAUUGGCAAAUGGAUUUGUCUUCGAAUAUUGAAAAUAAAGUGUUUUCUGUUGAACCAAAUUUAGAAGCUCUUAUGAAGUUAGUUGUCGGCAGUGAAUUGUGGGACUUUUCUGAAUACACGGAUGCAUGGUAUGAGCUGCUAGCUGCAAAACUAUUUUAUUCAGUUCCCUGUUGUAAGCAACCAGAAUUAGCUCGUUAUGCAAAUGAUAUUGCUUUAAAGUGGCAGGCUAGUACACAUUUAGAUAAUGUGAUUCUUGCUUUAAUGGAAGGCGAUUUACAUCAAGUUAUUGGAGGAAUUCAAUAUAUGAACGACAAUGGUUGGUUUUCUGCACAUUUAACUGACCUACUAUUUCGCUGUGGCCGUUUAAAAAUCCUUGACAAAAAUCAAAAAAACGUUACUACUCAACUUCAUGAAUCCUUAAUUUUAGAAUAUGGAAGUCUCUUAAUGGGACAUCAUUCUUUAUGGCAAUGUGGAGUGAGUUAUUUGGAACACUGCCCUCUGCAGGGUCUAUCACGAUUAGAAAUUUUAUUGCAAUCUAUUCCUCUUGGAAAUGAGGCAAAAAUUAAUAAAAUUAUUGAGUUAGCACGAGAUCACAAAAUGCAUUCAGUCGUUACUAGUAUAUGCAAAAUUCAAGGAAUGAAGUGUAUUCGUCGAGAAAGGUAUGGCAAUGCUUUGGCAUGGGCUUUAAAAGCCCAGGACGGAUCAUUUGCAACGUACAUUGCUGACAGAUUUUUAAAACAAUAUGCAGAACAUGGAGAAAUACAGUGUCAAGACGUGCUUGAAAAUUUGGGCAGUUGUAUGCUUGUUAGCGACAGACUUACAUUUUUAGGAAAGUAUUGUGAAUUCCAUCAAACUUACAAAAUAGGAGAAUUUAAGGAAGCAGCAGGAUUAUUAAUAUCACUCCUUGCCUCCAAUUUGACUCCAAAAUAUUUCUGGUCAACUCUCUUGACGGAUGCUAUCCCUCUUUUAGAAGCUGAAGAUGUUAUUUUUUCAUCGGACGAUAGUUUUGAGUUACUUCGAUGCGUAGAAAUAUAUGCUAAUGAUCCAAAAUUCCAAAAUAAAAUUGAAUUAUUUCGCUUGGCAGUGGCUCGAAAUUUAUCUCGCGCUUUAAAUUUAGAAGGUUGUCUAGCGGAUUAAAAAGUCUUAAAAUUAAAAUUAUAUCGAAUUUGAUGCUCAUAAUUGUAAUUAAAAAAUAUUUUAUACCAAGUUCUUUAGGAAUCAUUAUUUUUGUAAGUUCCACAGAAAACUAACUGUAUUGUAUACUGUAUUACAUUUUCAUUAAAAUUCAUUUCACUCUAAAGUAA